AUGGAGCUAGACAUUCCAUUCUCCGAUCCACUACCCGUUGUUGAAGAUGAUGACGAGCCCAGCGUUCUUGAGUACGCUCGAGAACAAGGCCUCAGCGUUGACUACACCACGGAGCUGCCUCGAAUCGCUGAUAUCUGUCUCUCGCUCAAUGCAACACUUGAUCAGGAUCCUUACGAUCCCUUUGAGGACGAUCUUGCUAACGCCGUCACGGCUGCUGUUGCGCUAACGAAGCAAAGACUCGCUGUCACUAAAGACGUCGCAUUGCUCCUGAAGUCUGUUUUGUCACCGCCAGAGCCUCCGGUCUACGAUCUGCUGGCAACAGAUGGGCGACAACGCAUUCUUGAUUUGAAGCAAGAGUUGCCGAUCUUGCAGACAGAUGCAGAACUUGAUAUGCUCAGUUUUGGAACGAGGGUUGAGCCUGACUUCAAGGAACUCAGGACGCGACUUCCCUCUGAAGAUCUGGACGAUGAGAACGAUGAGGGUUUCGGAUGGCCCGCAAGAUAUUUCGCGUAUCCAGCGCAAUGCGAUGCCAAGAUCAAGAGCGAGAAGCUUGCAAUAACGAGAGAUGUUCUUUCGUUUCUACAAAGCGCGGUGAGAGACGACUUUACACCUGAUGAUCAUGCAAGGAUAAUGGCAGGAGGAUUAGACGAUGGAAAAGAACCGGCAACUCGACACCUGACACCGCCAUUGCUACCUUGGUCGCCCCCACUAACACCUUACAUUCCGUCGUCGCCAGCAAACCACUUGCCUCUUGCAUUUGAGAGCAGUGACUCAGUUGCGGCCGAAUUGAAAGCAUUAGAGCAACAUGUCAUGGCAGAAGAUUCACUUGCACGCCAGCAUUCUGGCAGUAGUGACUCGAUGUUACUCGACGUAGCCGACCUUAAUGCGUUCUUUGAUGCUGAAGAAGCUGUCAGUCCCCACUUUCCAGAUCGCACCUCAACGACCUUAAAGCGCAGAGCAGAGUACCUCAAGGUAGAAGGACCACUGACGCCGCCGAUCCUGUCAGACUCGCCUAUGAAGAAGCUCAAGUCAGUGUCGUUCGCGGAGAUGAUUCAAGUGUGCGAGACGCUAGAACCGUGGACUGACGAGCAUCGCUCGGAUGCUUCCGAAACUCACAGUACCACAGAAGAGCUUGCGAAGGAAAUCGGGCCGCUUGCUAAUGAGGUGAACCGAAGAAUUGAGAAUGAGAAGCUGACUGGAGCUGACACGGUUGCUCGAGUAGAAGUACCUUUUGUUGACAUGACGCUCCCGGUGGCACCGUGGAAUGAAUAUAGUCAGCAAAAGAGUAAGCAUCGCCACUCAGGUGUCACGGAGCUGGAAGCCCAAAUGCGAUUUCUUCAGAAAGUCAAGCGCAACGAUCUCAGGACAGCAUGUGCUUGGCAUGGUGUAUCAGAUCUGGAAUUGAGCUGGGGAUGGUUCGCGUCACCGACAUCGACUAUCAAACUUAAAGAGAAGUUGCACGGUGAGACAGAAUUUAACAAGAUCCAGGCGGAGCUUAUAGCAGGAACCACCGCUACAAGCUCGAACGAAGUGUGGAAGAGAGAGGGUCUCCGGAUUCUCGAUGAGGAGAGCGACGACGACGAGGAUGAGCUCGAGCCGGCUAAGGUCGAAGAGCAAAACAGCAUGGAGGCUUUGGUUCGUAAAAGAAAGCUGGAGAUUGAAGAACAUGGGGAAGCCCUGGAGAUGCAGUGCAAGCAGAAGCACACCGCGACAAGAGAGCUACUUUCGAAUCCCCAUACUCAGCCACGUCCAGAAGAAGCCAGUAGUCAACAUUGGCAGAACGAACCAUUCACGUCUCACGAUUCCCGCAUGGCACAUCAAAUACAGGCGAACCCACGCUCACAAGAAUCGCAACUCUGCAUAUCCAAACGCAACGGGAUACACGAGCCUAAAGAAGCACCUACUGAACUCAUGUUUGGAGGCUUCUCUGCGUCUACGGCGUUGCAUAAGUUCAUGGAGACACAAGGCAAAGCAGUCAAGCCUGCAACGACUACUGCCCUGAAGCAACUUCCGUUCGCUCCUCCUACAGAAGGCCUGAUAGUGCGCUCAAGGUCUCCACCUCCAGACUUGAACACACUCAUCACAAGACGCAUGAUCACUUUUCAGGGCAGGACUGCAGAACAACCACCGCACUCCGUAUCUGAGCCGCUACCCGCACUCGAUCUCCCGCCUUGCUCGUUCAUCAUAUCAUCAAAACUACUCCAACGCCGACCAUUUACGAAGCAAGUCGAACAUUUAUACCCCAGAGCCGAGCUUAUAUACCGCGACUAUACCCUCCCGCACUCCAUCUCUCUAGAAGCAGAUAUCAUAUUCUCUCCCUCCACUGGUCUCAUCCUCACCACCCUCCAGCAAAUCAAGCAAUCACCUCUCCCUGGACAGGCGCUACGGUCGCCAGUCAAGGAGCGCAUCUUGAUCUUACAAGCGCGCUACGAGCGGCUCGUGGUCCUGAUCAGCGAAGGUCUGACAGAACAGGUUGGUUACAGCAGGCCAGAGGAUGCGAGGGACACGGAAUCAUUGAAGGGACUCGAGACAUUUGCAACGCAGCUUGAAGGCGAUGUAGUCGUGCGGUAUGUGGAGGGUGGGGAACAAGCGCUCGCGCGGUCUGUUGUGGAGAGCAUGGGUGAGUAUGGAUUGCCGAGUGAUGGGAAAGACAUGAGCAAUAUCAAGCUCUUUGCUAUGGAAACGACGUGGGAGGUUUUCUUGCGCCGAGCAGGUCUCAAUCCCUUCGCAGCGCAGGCCAUCAUCGCCUCCCUCAAAACACCGACGAUCGUCCGGCUCCCUCCAACUUUAAGUUUGCCUGCUUCAUAUGAGCCACAGAAAACCGUAGAAGCUGCUGGGUUGUCCUUGCUCUUGCUGAUGAAAUCAGAAGAUAGAGCCAAACACUUCCAGGCCCUGAUGGGAGGGAGGCGGAUCCUGGACAGGGUAAGUUCAUUGCUAGACCAGCGGUGGCCGAAUGCUGUACAUAGAUUGAAGAUGUAG